AAUCAGUGCUCCACCUGCAAGAAGAACGAAGCGAAAUAUACAUGCCCAUCAUGCUUAAGAAAAUCUUGCUGUGUAAGCUGCGUUAAACAGCACAAGACUAAUCAUUCCUGUAGCGGACAACGAAAUAGAGUGGCUUACGUACCUCUAGGCGAAUUUGCGGAUCGACAUUUAUUGAACGAUUAUCAUUUUCUGGAAGACGUUGCUAGAGUAGCAGAUAACAGCAAAAGAGAUUCAAUUAUUCAAGGCCCCAAAAGAAGUAGACGCAAGAUGCUUAAUAUCUUUAGGAAUGAAUCACGCAAUUUAGGUAUAAAUGUAAAGAUUAUGCCGGAAAAAUUUACGAAGCGAUCGGAAAAUACAACAUAUUGGCACAUUAGGGAUAAAUGCAUUCUUUGGCGUAUAAAAUGGAUCUUUCCACAAGAGCAAGUAGAUUUUGUCGAUGAUAGGGUUAAGGAUACCCUUCUGGUGUCAUCCUUAUUGAAUAGGUUCAUUCAUCCCUCGGAAGGAGAUCCCAUGCUUUUACACAGACUCAAACGCUACUGUAAAGUCAGCCACCAAGAUAUUUACGUUUUAUUAAAGAAUGAUUGUAAGGAAACACAUGUAUCAAGCUAUUUUAUAUUAGACAAAGAUAAAAGUUUACGAGAUAAUUUAAUUGGAAAAACUAUCGUUGAAUUUCCUACUCUGGUUGUGGUCCUGCAUAAUGCAUUAUGUGAUUUUUUAGACAAGAAAAACGCCGAUCAAAGUUCAGGUUUGGAUCUGGCAUUGUUAAUUACUGCAAAAUAUACGAUGCAUUUCGACUUUGGUAUCGUAUUGUAG